AUGGCAAAUGUGGACAGACUCAUUGAGCAUAUAGGGGACUUUGGCCCUUUCCAGAAGAAGAUUGUUACGUUUGGUUCAUUUCCGUUAAUAAUCUUUGCUUUUGUUCUUGUCGGGGUAGUUUUCGUAGGGCACACUCCAGAUCACUGGUGUUGGAUUCCUGAAUCUGAGCGCCUCCAGGAGGAAUGUGGCUGGACAGACCUCGAGGUCCGGGAAGUCACUCUUCCCCGCUCUGUGCACUCAGGGACCUUUAGCCGGUGUGAGAGGUUUGACAUAGACUGGAGCAGGAAUCAAAGCAAAUGUAAUGAUCUGAAUGAGCUUCUGACUUUGAAUGAAACCCAAGUGGUGGGUUGUGACAAUGGAUGGGAGUUUGAUAAAAACUACAGCACUAUAGUUUCUGAGUUCUCACUGGUCUGUGAGAAAUCUUGGGUCGCUGAUCUAAAUCAGGUUUCCCUGGGACUUGGCUUCUUUUGUGGAGCUUUUGUUACUGGAUACCUGGCUGAUAGGUUUGGCAGAAAGCCAUGUUUUAUUCUAUCAAUGGUCGGCCUUGGUAUCUCAGGCAUUGGGGCAUUACUGUCGCCAUGGUACCCGCUGCUUCUCGCCUUUCGAUUUCUGCAGGGAUUUUUUGGAAAGGGAGCCUGGGUAGGCGUCUUUGUGCUUGUCAUCGAGUUCUUUGGAUCAGACAACAGGAGAUUUGUGUCCAUGAUGAAUCGUACGUUCCAAUCCAUCGGCAUGGUCAUCAUGCCUGUUCUGGCAUACUUCCUGCAGUCUUGGAAGACUCUGCAGCUGGUCAUGAGUCUGCCGUGCUUUCUGUUUGUUGCAUAUCACUGGAUUAUUCCUGAAUCUCCACGCUGGCUGUUUUCACAAAAAAGAACAACAGAGGCAAUGAGGAUUGCUUCAAACAUAGCAAAAUACAACGGGAGAUCUUUACCACCUAAUCUUCCUGAGCUACUUCUUCAGGAGGAAAAGAAAGAUGCUCAUCCUGUAUUAGUAAAGGAUUUGUUUAGGACACCAAGUAUUCGAAAAAACACAUUAAUUUUAACUUAUGCCUGGUUUACUAGCACUGUUGUGUUUCAAGGCCUGGUUCUGAGGCUAGGAAUUACAGGCGACAAUCUCUUCUUGGAUUUCUUCAUCUCUGCGGUGGUUGAGCUUCCCACUGGCCUCCUCUUCUACCUGCUGGUCGACAGAGUUGGUCGACGCUCCCUCAUGGCUGUUACCAACCUCAUAGGAGGGGUAGCCUGCCUGGCUGUCCCCUUCAUCUCCCAAGAUUUCUCCUGGUUGAAAAAACUUAUUGCAAUCAUUGGGAGGCUUGCUGUUGUCAUUGGAUGUGAGACAGUGAACUUUGCAAACACAGAGUUGUUUCCAACGGCUCUGAGGAAUUUGGGUGUGUCGGUGUGUUCAUCAGCAAGUGACUUUGGAUCUGUUGUAGCCCCAUUUCUGCUCUACAGACUGGCCAGUAUCUGGCAGGAGCUGCCUCUCUUUCUGUAUGGUGGGAUGUGUGUGCUCUACAGUGCGUUGGUGACUAUGUUGCCUGAGAUGAGAGGAGUCCCCCUGCCAGAAACCAUUGAGGAUGUAGAAAAUGUAAUGAGGGGGAAUAAGAGGCCAAAGGUUGCUGACAAGGAUGCUGUGGUUCUAUGAUUGAGGCCUUGCAGAGUGGUUAGACUAUUUCCACAUGCUGUGCUAACAAUAAGGUUUUUGUUAUUACACACAUGUGUUGCAUGAUGUACUUAUGCCUUAAAGUUAAAAACUAGAGCAGUGUUUUUCAAAGUGGGGGUUCUGAUCUCCCAGAGGUGGGAGGCUAAUAAAAAUUAACAAAUAACCUGAUCUGUGACAAUAACAUUAUAAGGUUUUGUGUGAUAUUAAUUACCUAAUGUCAAAAUCAGUGUGUUCUUUAGAUGCCAAUCUAUCAGUUUAUAAGAAGACAGCUUGAAUGUAAUGAAUAAUACA